AGGCUUGAGGGAGCCUCCGGGCGCAGUCUGCCCCAGGGGCGCGCAGACGCCUAUUGGCCAGCGAUCCGGGACUUCGACCAACGCUUCCCCCACCCCCGUCGUCAUGACGACGGGGCAAGCUAAAGACAGUCUGAGGAAGCUGGCUCUCCCGACUGCAGGUGACUAUGGCGCAGAACCUGUAUGGCCCGCGAGUCCGGAUGGGAAACUGGAACGAGGACGCCUACCUGGAGGAGGAGCGAAUGAAAGACUUCUUAGAGAAGAGAGAGCAGGGGAGACUGCUCAUUCAGAGAAACAGAAGACUGAAAACGCAUCUUUUGAGACCGAUGCAGCUUUCUGUAUCCCAAGAUGGAUAUAUUCACUAUGGCGACCAAGUGAUGCUGGUGAAUCCUGACCACCCAGAGCGGGAAGAGGCUGGUGUGUUUCUGCGCGGGGACCUGAGCCUGUGCAUGACUCCAGAUGAAAUACAAGCCCACCUGAGUGAUGAGCUGGAGUUGCCCUGUGGCUUGAGUGCAGCACACACCAUGGUCCCGGUUGGCAGAAACACAUUUGUUGUUCUGAGUAUAGGCAGAGAUACCACCGGACAAGUCCUUAGGUACGGGCAGGACUUUUGCCUUGGGAUAGCAGGAGGAUUUGAAAACAAGAUG